AUGGAGGUGGUGUACUGGGAUGCCCUCUGGUCUGAAGGGGAGACACAGAUGAGGCAAGCCGGUCAGAGAGGGGAGGAAAUGCAGGAGGCGCAGGGGAAGCAUGGCAUUCUUGUGAGCUGCAGCGGCGCCGGCGAGGCGAGCUCAGCAGUGCUGUACCUGUGCGUGUACCGUACGCGAGCGACGGAUGGGCAUGGGAGCGCUGCCGGCUGCGUGCUGACCACUGCUGCAGCCACGUUCGUCACGUCAGCUGCUCUUUUUGGUUCUCACAACCGCAAGAGCUACUUGGGGCUCGAUGGUUUUAGAGAUUGGAGGCAUACUAGUGAGAGGCUGAGAGAGCAUGAAGCUAGUGUUGAUCAUAUUAUCAACAUGAACUCUUGGAAUGAAUUGAGAGCUAGACUAAGCAAAAAUAAAACGAUUGACAAGGAGUUGCAACAGGAGAUUGCAAAGGAGAAAGAGCGCAUAAGGAAAGUCAUGCUAAGAAUAGUUGCUAUUGUGAAAUUUCUUGUUAAACGAAGUUUAGCGUUCAGAGGAUCUAGUGAGCAACUUUACAAUGAUCUUAAUGGAAAUUUCUUAGCUUGUUGUGAGAUGAUUGCAGAAUUUGACUUUGUAACGGAAGACCACAUUAGACGUUUUAAAGACAAAGAGAUCCAGUAUCAUUAUCUUAGUCAUAAAAUUCAGAAUGAGUUGAGUUCUCUUAUAGCCUCUGACGUUAUAAAUUCUAUCAUAAAGACUGUUAAAGAAGCCAAAUAUUUCUCAGUUAUCCUUGAUUGCACCCCUGAUGUGAGCCACCAAGAACAAAUGAGUUUGUUGGUCCGAUAUGUUGAUAUGUCUGAUGGAAAAAUAAAAAUUGAAGAGUACUUUCUUGGUUUUUUAAAGGUGGAUGACACAUCUGGUGAAGGGCUUUUCAAUAUUUUGCUUGCUUCUAUCAAAUCAUUUGGUCUCAAUAUUGAUGACAUUAGGGGCCAAAGCUAUGACAACGGCUCUAAUAUGAAAGGAAAAAAUAAGGGAGUACAAAGGAGGUUGCUUGAUAUAAAUCCAAGAGCUUUGUAUAUGUCUUAUAGCGACACUGAAGCCAAGGAUAGGAGUGAUGCAAAAAAUUUAUUUGAUAUUCUUGGCAGCUUUGAGUUCAUACUUAGUAUGGUUAUUUGGCAUGAUAUUUUGUUUGCUGUAAAUACUAUCAGCAAGAAGCUGCAAUCACCAUCCAUGUGCAUUGAUUCUACCUUACAACAGAUAGAAGGAAUGCUGAGUUACUUUGAUACCGAUAGAAAUGAAGGAUUUGCUUCGAGUAUGAUCAUUGCCACUGAAAUUGCAUCUGAAAUGGGUGUAGAGACAACAUUUCCAGUAAAGCGUCGUGCUACUAGGAAGAAACAAUUUGAUGAAACCGACUACAAUGAAGCGAUUUUGCAAGCUGAGAAGGACUUUGAAGUUAAUUAUUUUCUUGGUUAUGGUCGACAAUGCAAUCAGUUCACCGAAAAGUAG